UAACCUGCAACUCUCAGUAAAUCAAAAUGUACCAAUUUCCCACACCAAAUCAAAACCUCAUUAAUUUCAGUAAUACUUUCGAACACAGAAGCGAUCAAAAUGGUCGGAAUCAUGAACAAUAUCGGAGAUGCACUCCACAUCGGCGGCAACAAAUCCGACGACAAGCUCGAAUCUGACCACAAAUCCGAUGACAAGAAGCACGAAGGUGAUCAAUCGAAGUCUGAACACAAGGAGGGGAUAAUUGAUAAGAUCCACGGAGAAGAUGGAGGAAGUAAGGAGCACAACAAUGAAGGUGAGAAGAAGAAGAAAAAGGAUAAGAAGGAGAAGAAGAAGAAGGAAGGUGAUCAUCACGGCGGCGAUAGUGAUUAG